AUGUUCUCAAAAAGUAAAAGAAUAAAUAUUGUCUUUACAUUUAUAUUAUUAUUUAUUUCGGGUAUUCCAAUAUGGUGGAAUACAACAACCACAUAUAGAUCAUCAGUAGACUUUUCAUUAGUUAAUGAAUAUUUUAAUCAAAAUGCUACAACAGAUAAAGUAUUAUGGCCAUUAUUUAAAGAAUUUUUUAAUAAAGUUGGAAAGAUUUCACAUGAUAUAGAGGUUAAAAGCUCAACUGAAUAUAGUUUAUCAUUCACAUUAUUAAACUCUGAUCCAAUAGAUAUAAUACCAAAAUGGGAUUUUCCAUACCUUUCAAAUAAAUAUAUACAACCAUUCAUCGAACAAAUUUCAGAUAUAGCAAACUUUACUGUACAAUCAAAAAUUUCACAUUAUGCAACACUUUUAAAAUCACCACUUCAUGAACCAAAAGAUAAUAGUUAUUAUAUUCCAUCAUCUUUUCUAUCCGAGUAUAUUAAUCCAAACGAAUGGCAAUUAGAUACACCUUCAACUAACCAACCCACUUUAAAUUUUAUCAUAUAUAUACCAAGUAAAUCACAAUCACCAUUAUAUAUUCGUUCUGAUCAAGAUAGCAACUCAUUUUUAAUUCCACAAUGGGGUGGUAUAAUAAUACACAAUACCAAUACCAACAAAAUUAAACAAGGUGAAAUUGUAGAUUUAACAAAUGAAAUUGAAAACCAAAUGAUUACUUUCAAAUAUCAAUUAAAAGAAUUAUUAGGUAUCAAAUCAAAUCACGAACAACAAAAAUCAUUAUCAUCCGAUAUUAUUUUAAGUGAUCAAGAAAUUGAUUUUGCAAUUAAAAGAUAUACUGCCGAAAAUAUUAAUGUUACUCUCUCAACUCUUUUCAGUCUCAGCAAACUUAUUGAUAGUCUUCCAAAUAUGUUGGUACUCGAUAAUAUUCGUGAUGAAGUAAAAGUUGCCAUUGAUGCAUUACAACAAGCUCACAAAUGUUUACAAGAAAAAGAUUACAAAGGUGCCCUAAAAGCUUCAAAAAUCGCACUCUAUUCAUCCGAAUCUGCAUUCUUUGAUAAAAAUAUGCUUUCACAACUUUAUUUCCCCGAUGAACAUAAAUAUGCCGUUUAUACACCAUUAUUUGUACCUGUAUGUUUCCCAAUUAUUGCUGGUGUAUUCCAAGAGUUUUCAAACUACAGGAAAAAGAAAUUAAAAAAACAAUAAAAUAAAAUAUAAAUAUAAAUAAAAAAACAA